GGUCCAGAACCUGAACCGACCCUUAGCUGAGUACUAAAAAGAAACCACUAGGAAACUAUAACCACCAUAAAGAAAAUUCAAGUCUCCGGUAAUUGGACCAAUUCCAAACUUCAUUCUCAAGUUUCUCAAUCUUCUUGAUUGUUUUUCUCACACAGACAUCAAAGAUGCAUAGACAAUCGACUUCAAUUCGUACCUCUGAUGAAUACAUAAACAUGCCAAUGGUUUCUGUGGAAAGAUCUUCAGGAAGUAGAAAAUCAACAGAUAAUAACAGUUCAGAUGAUGAUGAGUUUUUGUUACCACUCUAUGUCUCAACAUCAUCCAUUAAUGGUGGUAGCAGCAAGAAAGAAACGAGUACUUCUCGUUCAACAAGAUUCUCUGUUUCUGAAAGAUGGAUUCAUGUUAUUCCUUUGAUUGAUUUCAUCUCUGUAUUGAUUCUCUACUGGUUUUCUCAUCCAGUUGAUGUGCAUAUAGGAGAUGGAAGAAUUGUAACUGUAAGACAAAUGCCUGUGCCAGAGCAAUUUAAGAACAACACUAAUGGUGGUAAUCUAACCAGAUUGUCUUCUUCGGCUAGUGUUCCGAAAAACGUAGAGAUAAAGCUUCUAACAAGUAAAACUAUGCCCAUCAAAACAAAUAUAACAAGUAAAGCUAUGCCGAUCAUAACAAAUACAACAAGUAAAGCUAUGGAGAUCGAGAAAAGUAUAACAAGUAAAGCUAUGUGAUGGACUCUCCUGCAAAUCUUAACACCUAUGUACAUUGUCGAGCUCUUAUUUUUACUCAUAGGCAGAACUCUACAGCAAUCUCUUCUCGGCGACUGCAGCAGAAACAACACAAUGCAAAUCAAAAUCAAAGUUAACAAACAGCAAUGACAGUAGAGAUGGAUGC